UCCGAGUCCGAGCGCGCUGCUGAGGGCUCUGUCGCCGGCCCCGCGCAAGAGAGCGACUCCCACUCGCCCUUCGUCAAGGAGAUAGCCGAGGCGGUCGAGGUCCCUCUUCAGUCCGAGCCUCGUAACCAGAGGCGGACCAUUCUCGAGGACUCAGGGAUCCGAGCGCAAAGGUGCACCCUUACUCGGGAGGAGUACCGCAAGGCGAAGCGCCUAGCCUCGGCACCGGGCGUUACCGUGCGCCGUCCCACUUCCGAACAGUCAGUCUUUGAUGCUCCUCCGGGUUGCUUCGCCAUCCACCUCAAGUCCCUUGAGUACGGGUUCCGCUUCCCCCUCCAUCAGUUAGUCAUAGAUUUUUUCCUCCAUUUUGAUUUUCUCCCUUGCCAAGUCGUGCCCAAAUCCCAUUGUUACCUCGCGAGAUUUCUUAUUCGUUGUCAAGGGACCAGGGUUCGCCCCGAUCUGGCUUGCUUCUUGCUGCUCUUCCGGUUGGCGAAGUCGUCUGGCCGGGCGAACUCCGACUCGGGCUCGUAUGCCUCCAUAUUCUGGAGACAAGAGAAGCUCUUCAAGACGAGGAAGGACUCCGCCAAGAGCUGGAAAGGGAAAUUCGUCUUCGUUUCUCUUUCCUCGGGUUCCCCCUUUCGUAAAGAACCCCUCAGCUCCUUUCGCCGUCGCUCCGCGUGCGUCUCCUCGGACAAGAUGCUUGAGGACAUAGAGACGCUCUGCCGAGGGGGGCCCUUCGAAGUCGGUUCGAUGGCAACGAACGAUGCUUUAGCGGCACUCGGCUUCGUCUUCCUAUCCCCGGAUGAUACUCAGCGGAGCAUCGAAGGAGGCCCCUCAGGUGAAAUCAUGCUCUCCAGCGCCGAGCGACUGAAGCUCAUGUUCCCGGAUGCCCCUAGCGGCAACUCCCGGGCUCCUACCGUGGCCGGUUGUCCUCCGACUCCCCCCGUGAAGCCGACCCCCGAGGCGGCCCAGAAGAAGAAGAGAAAGGAGACGGCCUCGGCCAAUGAUACUCCCCAGGGGUCCGAAUCCCCGAUGAUGAAGGAUUUCGGCCACCCGAAAUAUGUCAAGGCGGCCUUCCCUGCAGGGGUCUCCUUUCUGGACCGGGACUACGACCCGGAGACCUUUCUGCGCAGCUUGACUCCUCUCACCGAUCGCGCCAAAAUCCAGGACGUCGACCGGGAAACUCUGGCCUCGGAUAUGUUUCACGAGAUGGGCUCGGUAAGUUUC